AUGGAGAAAAAAGAAUAAGACAUCAUUCAUAUGGGAUAUUCAAAAUAAUAUUUAGAUUUAUUAGGAUUAGAUAAAGACACUGUUUCACAAAUAUUUCUGAGAAAUAAGAAAAUAGAUCUUUUCUAGAAUUUGUAAGAUAUAUCUAAGUAAGCUUUGGAAGGAAUUUUUAAUUUUGUGAAAGUAGCCACAGAAAAAAAACUGGUUAGUUAAGAAUCUUUUGAAUCAAAUAUUGUCACAUUUGAUGGAUAUCCAAUCAAAAUCUUCCAAAAGAAAAAAACAGUUUGUAGCAUUUAGUUUUAGGAAACAUAAAAUAAAAAUUAACAAGACCAUUUUCUCUUAACAGUUGUAGAUAUAGAUAUAGAACUUGAUAGCUUGUAACAGCUAAUAUAAUAUCGUUAAAGAAUCUCUUAAUAAUCUAAUUCUUAAAUAGAUACUGAUUUUAUAAGAAGAGAGAAUUCAUAUUUAUUUGAAGAUGUUGAAUAUUCUGUCGAGUCUGAGUAAUUCAUUCAAAAAUUCUAUGGUUAAAACCUAUUAAAUCUCCAAUAAAUUCAAAUAUAGAAUGAUGAAAAGAGUAAACAGUGUUGCUAUAAAUUCAUUCAUCAUUAAUGA